UGGUACAGAGUGAUCACCACGAUGGAUCACUGCAAUGUUUCCAAUUUUAUUUGCAAAGGCUUUUUUUUCAGCCACGUGACAAAGUCAACAUGGCAAGCUAUUGUUUAUGAUUGGUGAAAAUUGAACUCCUUUCUAAGAAAUCGAUCUGCAACGAUCGAUUCCAUGAUUCACAAAACGGUGGUAAACAUUAAUUUCCUUAUCACAAAACUCCCUCCUAAAGCACAAAGCAACUGGAGACAAUGGAGAGAGAAUCGAUGAAGGGCUACUUGUUCAACUGUGACAAAACAUGUGAACUAGAAAAAGUAGAAACACUUCUGAUUGAAAUGGAAGAGAAGCACAACAUGAAGAUCGAUGUUGAAAAGUUAUAUUUUGGAUUGAGAAGCAUGUCUGAAAUUUGCGACACUAAGAUUCCGCUGUUAGAAAUGAGUUUUGCCGUUUUCGUGGUCCAUGCAAAUGAAUCUCGUCUCUCGAUCAACGAAGAAAAUGCUGGAAUUGGUUACGCCAAGUUCUACAAAGCAUUAUUGAAAGCCACGGGAGACAAAGUGUUGAUAGUAAUCGCAGGAGACACGAAUUACUUAGAUGAAAACGAAGAGGAACAGUCUUUGAUCUCACGCUGGGCACGAAGAAAAGUGGCCUCGCAGUUUGAUGACGAGUAUCUUGAUGGAAGGAAAAGUUUUAUUUUGUCUUGGAACAAAGAGCACCGAGCGAUCCACCAGCAGGCACUUCUACACUUCUUUGAUCCAAACAAGAAAGGACAGAAGUUUCAAUAUCGACCAAAACCAAAGCUUACCCCUGAGCCCCAGGUCACCUCGUCAGCAGCCGCUCCAAGAGAGGAUGAUAUGGUUUUAGAAGAAGGCGAUCUUGAUCCACUUGUGGAGAAUGAUGAAGUGAAUAUCGAGAAUGAAAGGCGAAACCGCUAUGGAGCAAUCUCCUCAGUCACUGCUCUAGUAAACUACCCAAAAGGAACCGUGCUGCUUAAGACGCGCCUGCGAUAUGGAGAAGUCUCUCUUGAAGGGAAAGAUGUCGUGGAAUGGCAGGAAGAGUGGCAGCCAUCUGAAAUGAAUGCUCUGGACCUGGAAGAAAAGUGGAACUUGGUCCCUGAUGCUGAGGUGCAGUUCACUGCCGAUGGCGAUGGCGGGGCCAGCUGCGUCGUAAAAAUGAAUCGUUGGCAAAAAUUUAAGUAUUAUAUGUGGAGUAUCUUUAAUUGCAUGAAAACAUGUAUAUGCGCAGUUGGGAUGUUUGUAUACAGUCUCAUCAGGUCUUGCUACCACUGGAUUAGAGCUAAAUUCUAAGGAGAAGUAACUCAUGUAAUCAAUAAAUGCAACUGAGCAACACCAGUUGAUAAUCAGGUCAGGCAAAAGGAAAACAUUAUGAAAGUGAGCGCACAGUCCAAUAUGCAUGCAGGCAUUUAAUAUCUAGCUAUGACAGUAAGUUCAAGCCCCAUAAAGAUCUUCUGAGUUUUCAAACUUAUUUAUUCUUCAGAUCCUGUAGCACGGAUGGUAGUGAAAUAUUCUCAGGUGUAACAAUACAAAGAAAUUAAAUUCAAGCAUCGUAAAGUAGAA